GUGUAUUUGUCAGUGAGCUUUGGUUAAGCGUCCUGGUGGAACCUACCGACGGACUGACCCCCACAGCACACCUUUUUAUGCGCUUAUAUCGCCUUUACAUAAGCUUUCGUGCUUACAGAUAUUGAUGAUGACUUUUAUGCGUUGUGAUGAUGUCAUUUAGAUGCCUUAAAUGAAGUCUAUUUUAUGGUGAAUAGGGCUGAAGUCCAUACGAGUGAGUGUUGUGUUGAUGAUAAUGCUGCUGCUGUAGGCCUAAGUGAGGAAGGGCAUUCGGCAUUACAGGAUUUCGCUGUGAGUGAGACCCUUUCGCAGGGGUACCGCUAGAGGAAGAUUGUAUACCUCCUUUGUCUGCGUUCUGCGGCGAAAAGUGGCCGAAAAAGAGCGAAACGGCCUCGCACAUCGACAUCAUCCGGGAGUUUCCUGUACACGAUGAUGAUGACAGGUUAAUGGCGCAGCUUUUUUGACGACAGCAGCAGACCCGUUGCCUCUAAGAAUCAAGUUUCGUGUAGAAAUCCCGUUGCCGUCAACUCUCAACAUGACAGAUACCUUGCUUGUGAAUCGGAAGGUGGAGCAGAAGCAGGAACAGACAGUCAAGAGGACAGAAGUAACAGCACAAAGAGUUCUAGAGAAGGAAAAGGCUGCCAAGAACAGUUCAAAUGCCAAUCAACCUGAGGUGACAACAACUACCACCUCCUAUAGUGUAGAUUACGGGCCACAAACUACUACUACUAACGGCCAUCCACAAAACGAGAGUCCCAGUUCCUCUCAUUUAUCUGUGUCAUCAUCAGGUCAAGAUAACCUACACUUGGUCUCACAGAAACAAACACAACACACAACUCAACAGAUUACUACCACCACAAAAGUUAUCCGAGAGGUCCGUCACAUAGGGCCUAACGGUGAGGUAAUAGAAUACCCAGGAGGAGAAUACGGCUCAUACGUUCAAUCCCCUCCUUCACAACCCGGAUAUGCCAUGGACCCUUACCGACCUCACUCCCCGGCCAGCGAAGCUGGCUCUCGAAGCCAGUAUGAAGGAUAUCCUCCUACGUCGAAUGCAGGUUAUGAAUAUGAUCCAUAUUCCCGUGGUCCUCCGUCUCGUCAAGAAUACCCAUAUGGACAAGUUGGCUACCCACCACAAAAUGAAGCUGGAUACAGCGGACAUUUUCGGGAUGCUGCAGCAGCAUGCAUUCCGUCUACCAUCACUGGAAGAGAGGAGGCAUAUACGCACAGUGUUACAUGUACAAAGUCAAACCCAGAAUCACAUGCUACCAAGUAUACUCUUGAAAAGGGAAAAAAGUCUUUUCAACAGUAUUCAUACGAUGGUCAAGCUUCAUCAGACAGUACUACCUCUGUAUAUCCACCAAAGGGUAUCAGUCUGCUUAGAUCUGAGUUCCCAGGGCCUUGCAGUGAUGAUCAUCAUGGCUAUGUGUCACCUCAGCAUGAAACUAUAAUGGAAGAAUGCUCUCCUCAUUCUUCAGCAUUGUCUUACAACUCUUCUAGUAGAAGACCAGAGGGAGGUAGUUUGAAGGGCAAUAAACCUAAAACAAAACCUAAGCCUCGAAAUUUAAUUAAUAAAGGGAGGCGAAUAACUCGGUCUUUAAGCGCUUCAUGUGUUAGUGUUAGUACAAAUACAGAUCCACGUGAUUUUGUAGAGUUGGCCAAAACUAGUGCCACCCUCCCUAUUCGCAGAAGAAUAAAGAAUCCAAAGAAUAAUUCACCUCGGCUAAAAGAGAAUAAAGCAGUUUCUUGCUCACUAGAUACAGAAGACCUGUUCCAGGCUGAAGUGAAUUCUAGUCUUACACCAAGUGGUGGUGAUCAAAAUGUUUGUCAUGCUUUGAAAAAUGGAGUUGAGCAAAGUGCUCAUCCACCUGUGCCAGUUGUAUUUCAGAAUGUAGGAACAAGUCCUUGUGUAGAUAAUGAUUUUAAAUAUGACUUUCAAUUUUGCGACACAUUUGGAAGUGUUUCACCACCAAAUAAUCUUGAGGAUAUUAGUAGUGAACGUUGUUCAGGUGAUGGCUGUGAUGAUGAAAAGGGUUACAUUGAACUUCAAACAUAUGUACCUAGUGGUGAUAAAAUUCAUGGUUACAAUACUAAAGGUGGUACAUGUUCCCCAUGCACACUGUUAACAUCUGAUGAAAAUCCCUUUGUGGCUCUUCUUUCCAAUACAUUUGAAGAUUUAUCCAUGGAAGAUGCACCUUACAUUGAUGAUGAAAUUGUUACUGCAUUAACAUAUCCACAUGAUGAGAAAAAAUUUAAAGGAAGUUCAGUAUGCAGUAGUAUAGAUGAUUUUCCAAGGGAAGGCAAAUUGUGUAAACCUACCAGCUCAGAAUGCUCUGGUGCACCAUCUCUUAUAUCCUCUGAAACUUUAGUUCAUCAUUUUGAUCUUGUGUCAGAUGGGGUUGACAUAGUGCCUAUUUCUGCAUGUAAUGAAGACCAUGCUGGGCAAUAUAUUGAUGACGAUGAUGAUCUUUCUAAAGAGAAUAUAAGUACAAAAGAUUAUCAUGACAGUGAAGAAGGGUUUUUGCCUCCUGUCCACUGGUCUCCAGUACCCAAGCAUCAAUACCUCAUUGAGGCCAAAACAUGUCGACAGUUAGAAAAAGAUAUAUCAAUAGAGUCAUGUCCAGAUGUUGUGUUGCAAACUCUAGAAAGUGAUGGACUAUCAGUUGCAAAUAGAAGUCAAAAGAAAACGGUAACUUUUUUGUUGCCACCUGAGCACUGGGACUCGUUGAUCUCUCUUAGAGAAAAUAACCUUGGUGGGUACCCACAGAGUGGUUAUGCUGAACUUGAUACAGCUCUUUUACCUCCUAAUGGCCAAGACCCUUACCGGAAUACUCCGUCUCCAGGCCUUCAUGGUGUUCCACAGGAUAGAUAUGAUCCUGGCCUUGAAGGAGACUACCCUGAGGAUGGCAGAUACCCAGGAAAUGACCCUGGCAUUGGGGGAAUGCCUUCUGAUGGUGUGGUGGUGUAUGGUAGGCUCUUGGGUACCACUCCUCGUUCCCCAUAUGCUUUAAAUGGAGGAGUUGGUUCAAGUGCUGAGCCAUUAUUACCCUCUCCUGGUAUGUAUGAAGAGGAGCCUUUAAAUGCACAGCAACACCCUGCUCCUCCACCCCCACACAUGUCACCAACCCCUUCCCUUCCUCCGCCAGUACAAAACCACGACAAUUAUGCACAUCCCAGCUUGCUUCGUUCCCCCUCUGCAGACAGUGGGGCUCCUCGAGUUCGGUGGCGAGAUCCGGAUCUACACGAAGUUAUCGAUUUCCUGAGUAACCCCAAUAAUGUUGUAAAAGCCAAUGCUGCAGCGUACCUUCAACAUCUAUGUUAUAUGGAUGAUCCUACAAAACAAAAGACUCGAAUAUUAGGUGGUAUUCCUCCUCUAGUAGCUCUUCUUUCCCACGACCUACCAGAACUUCAUCGUAAUGCAUGUGGUGCACUUAGAAACCUUUCAUAUGGACGUCAAAAUGAUGAAAAUAAAAGGGCUAUCAAAGAUGCUUCAGGCAUUCCAGCACUAGUCAGACUUUUGAGAAAAACUCCAGACAACGAAAUCAAGGAACUUGUGACAGGAAUUCUGUGGAAUUUAUCGUCAUGUGAAGAUCUAAAACAUAGCAUUAUAGAUGAUGCUUUAUCCGUUAUUGUCAGCCAUGUCAUCAUUCCGUGUUCUGGUGGGAUGGUGGGAGAGGUGGAAAGGGAUCCUAAUGUGGAUGUAUGGUGGUCUACUGUAUUUAAAAAUGCAUCUGGUGUGUUAAGGAAUGUAAGUUCCGCUGGAGAGUAUGCGAGAACAAAACUGCGUCAGUGUCCAGGACUGGUUGAUUCUCUUCUCACUGUGAUCAAGUCUGCCAUUGCGGGGGCUUCCCAUGAUAACAAGAGUGUAGAAAACUGUGUUUGUAUAUUACGUAACCUUUCAUAUCGAUGCCAGGAAGUAGAGGAUCCAAAUUAUGAUAAAAAUCACCCUCCUACGCAGUCCAGGGCAACAGCUACAGCGAAGGACGGUGAAGGUGAAGGGACGGAUACUUGUGGUAGGUCUUCGGAGCCCAAGGACAACCUGUGUGAUAACUUAGGAUGCUUUGGAGGAAGUAGAAAGAAGAAAGAUCCUGUUGGAGGUGCCCUGAAGGAAACUACUACUGGCCAGCGGUCAACUGGGCCACGCACAGAACCCUUAAGGGGCAUGGAAUUAUUAUGGCAGCCAGAGGUGGUUGUAGGACCGUACUUAUCUUUGCUGUCAGACUGCAGUAAUCCUGAAACUCUAGAAGCUGCUGCUGGAGCACUUCAAAACUUAGCUGCAUGUUACUGGCAGCCUAGUAUAGAUGUAAGAGCUUCAGUCAGAAAAGAAAAAGGAUUACCUAUAUUAGUAGAAUUACUCAGAAUGGAAGUAGACCGUGUUGUUUGUGCAGUGGCCACAGCUCUUCGUAAUUUAGCUAUAGACCAGAGAAAUAAAGAGCUUAUAGGUAAAUAUGCCAUGAGGGAAUUGGUUCAGAAGUUGCCUUCAGGAAACACCCAUGAUACUGGAACUAGUGAUGAAACUAUUGCUGCUGUUUUAGCAACGUUAAAUGAAGUUAUCAAGAAAAAUGCAGAAUUUUCUCGGUCACUACUAGAUUUUGGAGGUGUUGAAAGGCUGGUUAAUAUGACUCGGUUACGAGGACGAUAUUCAGUUAGGGUUGUUAAGUUUGCCUCACAGGUGCUUUUCUCAAUGUGGGGUCACCAAGAAUUAAGAGAAGUAUAUAAGAAAGCAGGAUGGAAAGAACAAGAUUUUGUUAGUAAAAGUGUAGCGGCGCGAAAUGCUGCAGGAGGUGGUGCCAAUUCUCCUACAGCUAAUAAUACAUUAAACAGACCUAUGGCUUCUCAGGGAGGUACAAGAUAUGAAGACAGAACUAUCCAACGAGGGCAAGGGAAGACCCAUCAACAGCGUGAACAGUUGCCAAUGUCGGACAUGGGAUAUGGUGGUGACGGGGGAAUUGUUCCUCCUGCAGGCGGGGUAAGACUGUAUCCUCCUGUUCAGGGUAAACCAGGUGAACCAGUGUAUGCUAAGGUGAAUAGAGACAAGAAGCGCAACAGGCAGUAUGACAGUAUGGGUCCACAGUAUGGAACACUGGGAGCGGAUGACUGGGGUGGACCAGUUUAUUCUGGUUCUCCCACUGCAACUCCAAAUUUCAAUAGCAGCUCCCACAACAACAACAACAAUAAUAACAACAACAAUGCUAAUAAUAAUGGAGUGAUUUUAGACAAUGGGGAAGGUCAAGCAGGUGAUUCAUGGGUUUGAAACUGGAAAGGAGUGAAGCUUAUUCCUCAUCCCUGUUGCUCAUUCCCAUCUCUUGGGAGAGGAUCAUGGAGGCAUCUGGUGUUGCUCUUCCAUGUUUUGUCCUGCUGUGCUCUCUCUGUCCCUCUCUUUAAGGCAGUGAAUAAAUGUAAAUCCACUUGGAGUUGACAUGAAAUUCAUUGCAAUUGAUGAGAUGGGAGAACAAAUGGCUUAAAUCAGAAAUACUGUACAGUAUAUUGAUUCUUUUCACUGUGUUAUAUAAGUGAAUAAUUAAGUCUGCAUACGGUACUGAUGUUUUGUCUGUUAUAUUGAUGUUGACACUCGUUGUGCAUGUUAUGUGAACACUAGUUAGUGAAAAAUAAGUUCUGUUUUUCUUACGUAUUAUACAUUAUUAGGGAGAAGGCAAAGCUCAAUUUGAUAAGGAUCCCUAUAUUUUAUAAAUGCACACAAAUGGUGCCAAGAAUUUUUAUUACUUUAAUAACUUGUAAAGACAUUAUAUCAAUCAUUACUCUUUGAGAGUUUAUAUAUAUAAAUAUAAAUAUAUAUACAUAUAUAUGUAUAUCCAGGUGAUAUUGUAAAUGCUGAUGAAUGCCUGGAGCAGUUAAGGCCUAUUUCUGCUCUGCAUAGAAAGACAGUUCAUUUUUUACCAUUUCAUACUAGACAAUCCAAAGUGACCAAUGUGUUUAUAUACUGCAAGAGGUACUGGUGCAAGUGUUUCCCAAGUACCAAAAUACUACCACAUUUAAAAUAUGUGGAUAAGGAUGGGAGGAGGAGGGGGCUUGAAGUGUCAUCGUCUAACAUUGUAGUUUUGUAUUGGGCCAGGUGUAUUAUCAGCACAAAUAUGAUCAUAGUGUACAACUUAAAAAGUGGAAAAGUGCUUCAUACUGGUGCCAGGAAACUAUGAAUGAAUGGAGGUAAGAGAGGACUCAAUUUGUGAUGCUGCGGCUUAGCUUGACUGACUGAUGAUACAGUGUGAACCCCUCUUGCUACAUCAACAACCAGUUUUGGUCAUACUAUUUAGCAAAUAGGUUUAUUGGUUAGAUAAUGUAUUGCCUUGCCUCCUGCCGGUCCUAGGAGUCUGAUGCUUUGUCAGAGGUCACUGUUACACUUUUGACGACAAGACCUUCACAAAUACCUUUCUACCUCCCUAAUUUCUUCCAGGUAUCCAAAAGAAUUCUCCCUGGUAGGAAACAGCAGCUAUAGACAACUAGUUCCUUGAUAACCUUUCCAUAAAGAAAAUUUGCUUUGUAUAAUACACGGUCAUUUAGGUUUUAUAAUCGAACCAUUUUUUAUUGCACGGGGCUGACUGAUUUUAAGGAGCUACUGUGCUCUUUUGUGCUUGUGUAAUAUAUCUUGUAUGAAAUAGCCAUAGCUAUUAUUAAAAAUUGUAAUUUUUGUGCGCUUGUGGUCACUUUUUUUUUUAUUUAUUUAUUGUAUUGAACAGUAUACUACUUGACUUUACCUGAAAAAUCUGUGUAUCAUAAGCUUCUUUUUUAUUUUAAAGAAUUCUGUUGCAUGUGCAAUAUAUUGUGUACUUUUAAAAAAGUUAUCUUUAUUACUAUUAUGUUCAUUAUAGUUAUUAUUGCAGUAUUUUAUUACCAUCUUCAAUAUUAUUAUUUAGCAGCAGUGACAUUUGUCAUGCAAUGUGAUCCCAAUAAAUAACCUCCCUCCUUCCCUUUCUGAAUUAGGGCACCCUUCACCAUGUAUAACAAAAAACAUAAUAAAGAGAAAAUUAAAAAUAAGGGGAAAUCAGGCUGUAAUGACUCCUAGGGAUUACCUGAGCCUACUUACAUUCUUCAUCUUAAUAUGUUAAAAACUUAACUGUUGCAUAAAUUUUAGAAUAGUUCUGAUGACAUGAAAAUCACACUGUUGUAAAGCCUUAUGAGUCAUGGCAGAUCUGAACAGCUUACUUUCAGCUGUUACACAUUCCAGGAGUAGUUUAGGUAAUGCACACUCCACUUCAGAGGUAGGUGUAAACAAGGGACUUUAUUUGAUUUUUUUUCUUCACUGAAAUAAAGUGUCGUGUCGUGUGGCUGAGAUAGCAGCAGGACACUGGGCAGCAGCAGAAGCAGCAGCAACAGGAGGUUGUUUGUAUGUGUCGUUCAGUGUUCUGCAACUUGUCAAGCUUUUGGGAUAUCCUCCUGUGUUGUGCUAAUGCUCUAAUUAAGGAAUCAGGUUUCAUGGCCAUUUUUCCUGCUAUACUGAUGGUGUCUCGUCAGUCCACCAACCAUUACACGACACCCAUUCCAGACAGCUCCAAUGGCAUGCAUCAGAACAGCUCAGCCAGAGCCUCAUAGUUUGCCAGGAAAUUUUGCCCAUUUGUGUAUACUGUACUUUCAUUAGCAGAUUCUAGACAGUAUAGUGCAGUUUAUGUCAGACUGUAUAGCUGGAACGACCAGCUGGAAAAUGGGAUUACAUUUUAUCAGUAAAAACAUUCAUCUCUUUUAGACAUUUUUGAUGUAAUUACAAAUAUUCUAAUUUUUGUACUUUAAAUAUUUCCUUCUAUGUCCUGUGUAGUCUGUUGUUACACUUCCAUCAGAAGCAGCAUUUACUGUACAUUGUUUUCAGCAGCUUACUGCAUUUUACCUGUAUAGCAGUGACAACAAAUUGCAUAAUUCGCACAGAUCCAUGUUUCUGUCUUGCCUUGAUGGUUGCUUUACAUUUUAUUAUGUUGGUUUAUAUAUUGCUAAACAAGUAUUUUUAUUUUUCUCAUACAGUACUUGAGUAUUCAGUAACAAAGGAUUUCUAGUUAAUGAUAUUGUAUUGGGUAUUUAUACAAUAAACAAAAAACUGAAGAUA